AUGAAGUAUUUUUCAACAAGAGGCUCGCCAGACCUUUUCACAUUCUCUGAAGUAGUCUUAAUAGGCUUGUCUAAAGAUGGUGGGCUUUUUAUUCCACAGACGACCCCAGCGCUACCUUCAGACUGGAAAACUGCCUGGUUAAAGCAUUCGUUCACCUCUCUGGCCCUUGAAAUCUUUUCACUUUAUAUACCUGACAACGAAAUUCCUCGCAAAGAUUUAGAAAGAUUAAUUAAUAAAUCAUAUUCAACGUUCAGGACGCCUGAUAUUACUCCGUUAAAAAAAAUAAGAGAAAAUUUUUAUAUACUAGAAUUAUUUCAUGGGCCUACAUUCGCUUUCAAAGAUAUUGCGUUGCAAUUUUUGGGGAAUUUAUUCGA